AUUAUUAUUGUACUAACAACAUUGCUGUGGCCUAUGGUUUUGCCGCGGCGCGGUGAACCCCAUCAACGCCGAACUGCUCAUUGCCAUUCAUCGGAAAAGAGCCAGGAAGCUGAGAUUGAUCGGGAGAGCAGAACGGAACAGAUACCUCUCUCGAAGCAGGAAACAGUUUUGGUGUUGUCACCGAUGGGUUACGAAGACGAUCCGUAUCGCGACGAGGAUGGAGAGCCGUUAAUGGACUACGACGACAUUCGGUCAGAUCAUGGUUCGCCGGAGCCGCAGCAAGAGCUGCUUGACGAUGUGGAAGACGAGGUUGGGGACUGGGGUCGGCGGGAGCGGUCCCAGACGCCGGUAUAUGACACGGAUAAGGUUGGGAAGCCGAGGAAAAGGUUGGUGAAGAAAGGCUACAUGGGAAACGAGAGUGUGGGGGUUUCUGACCUAGUGGAUGAGGAGGAGGAAAAUUUUGUUGGGGACUUUGUGAGGGAGGAGUCGGAAUCUGAGGGGAAGAAAAGAAAGAAGUGGAAGGAAGGGAAUAAAGAGAAGAGGCAUAAGGGGGAGAAGAAGUAUGCCCACAUUGGUGAGAAGGGGAGGCUUUCAAAAUCAGGGAAGUCCGAGGAGAUGAAUGAGAUGUGGCAGUGGGUCAAUCCUGAGAAUGACCAAGAAGGUGUUAGAACUGUGGAUGAUGAUGACUUCAUUGAUGAUAGUGGCGUGGACCCUGCUGACAGGUAUGGCAGUGAUAACGAGGCGCGCUCUCCUGGUGAUGCCCCACAGGCCGUGGAGGAUGAUGAGGAUCCUGAAAUUAAGGAGUUGUUCAAGAUGGGUAAGAAAAGGAAGAAGAAUGAGAAAAGUCCUGCAGAAAUUGCAUUGCUUGUUGAGAAUGUCAUGGCUGAGCUUGAGGUCACAGCUGAAGAAGAUGCAGAACUUAAUAGACAGGGUAAACCUGCAAUUAACAAACUCAAGAAGUUGCCUCUUCUCACAGAGGUACUCUCAAAGAAGCAGCUUCAAUCGGAAUUCCUAGAUCAUGGAGUUUUAACCCUGCUGAAGAAUUGGCUUGAGCCUCUUCCUGAUGGAAGCUUGCCGAACAUCAAUAUCCGAGCUGCUAUUUUGAAGAUCUUGAGUGAUUUUCCCAUUGAUCUAGAUCAGCAUGAUAGGAGAGAACAACUGAAAAGAAGUGGUCUUGGAAAGGUCAUAAUGUUUUUAUCAAAAUCUGAUGAGGAAACAACUUCAAACAGAAAACUUGCGAAGGAUUUGGUUGACAAAUGGAGUCGGCCAAUAUUUAAUAAGAGUACAAGGUUUGAGGAUAUGAGAAACAUUGAUGAUGAUAGGGUUCCCUUCCGAAGGCCGACUGUGAAAAAGCCUGCAAAUAGAGCUGCUGCAAUGGAUUCUAGACAUGGUGAUUUUGAUUUGGAUAUUUCUGGAGAGCGUAAAUCCUCUGGUUUACAUGCUUCAAGGUCAGAAUCUUCUUCUAGGUUGCAUGCUUCAAGGCCAGAAGCAACGCCAAUGGAUUUUGUUGUGCGUCCCCAGUCUAAGAUUGAUCCUGAAGAAGUUAGAGCUCGUGCUCGACAAGUUGUUCAAGAUCAGCGCCGUCUAAAGAUGGCUAAGAAGUUGCAGCAGUUGAAAGCACCAAAAAAGCGGCAGUUGCAAGCUACAAAACUUAGUGUUGAGGGUCGUGGUAUGCUCAAAUACCUAUAAUGUAACAGCCAGCCACAAUUGCAAAGCAUGGUGCAUCUGUGUGAACCUAAUUAGUUUUCCUGCCAUCACUGAGUGGCAACGGCUGGCAUUUGAAGGGUUGGUCUUAAAAUUCAGAUGCCAACUGUCUAUUUGGUAUGAUUGAAAUCAAGGACGGAGCCAGUGUGGGGAUGGCUUACUACAACUUCAAAAAAUAAAUGUCUUUAGGUUUU